AUGUAUCAUCCAUCCAUCCAUAAUGUAUCAUCCAUCAUGUAUCAUCCAUCCAUUCAUCAUGUAUCAUCCACCCAUCCAUCAUUAUCAUCCAUCCAUCCAUCCAUCUACCAUCUAAUGUAUCAUCCAUUCAUCCAUCAUGUAUCACCCAACAUGUAUCAUCCAUCACUCCAUAAUGUAUCAUCCAUCCAUACAUAA